AUGUUCAACGAAGAAUACCCUGUAUCAGGUCAUUGUGCGGCUUCAUGGGAGAUUAUUCGUCGUGUGUUUCGUCAAAAUUUAAUUGAUCGUCUUGACAUUGGUGCUACGCUUUGCAUUUAUUAUCAAGGAGAAUGUGUUGUUGACUUAGCUGCUGGAUGGUUUGACUCUGAGACUCAUACCAGACCGUAUACUCAUGAUACAUUACAAAUGAUUUAUUCUACAGGAAAAGGUGUCAUGGCUACGGCUCUAGCCUUAUGUGUUGAACGAGGAUUAUUAGACUACGAAGAACGAGUAGCAACAUAUUGGCCAGACUUUGGACAGAAUGGAAAGAAGAAUGUGAAAGUCAAAGAUUUAUUGUCACAUCGAGCGGGAUUAGUAGUGAUAGAUGAUGAUGAUGGUUUUUUGAAGGUCGAAGAUACUUUUGAUGAUCCGACGAAAAUCACUCAUCUUCUAGCCAAACAAAAGCCAUAUUGGGAACCCGAUGUCGGUGGUCACGGCUAUCAUGCCUUGACUUUCGGUUAUUUAGCGAGUGAAUUAAUUCGUCGAGUUGACUGUGUAAAACAUCGUUCCAUGGGGCAAUUUAUCCAAGAAGAAAUCACUAAAGCCAUAGGUGAUUGUGAAUAUUUUGUUGGCAAUUGUUUGCCUGAUCAAUAUCAAGCACGAGUCUCCCCAUGCAUACCACCACAACAAUCGAAACCUGCUGAAAAUCCGUCAGAACUGAGCCAAUUACAAACCCGAAUAUUUACACUGAAUGGUCUUCUACCAUUACCACCUAUUGACAGCAAAGAUAAACGUUUAUCACCUAUAAAUGGUUUCACAAAUGCUCGAUCAUUAGCACGAAUUUAUGCUUCAUUAAUAUUUACUGAAAGUCUCUUAACGCAUAAAACUCUAGCAAAAGCAAUAUUGAAUAAUACACCUGAAAAUGAACCUGAUCAAAUUCUUGGUUAUAUGACAACUAAGUUUAGUCAGGGCGGUUAUAUGUUAGACUCAACAGUUGUGAAAGACUUCGGCAAAUGUUUUGGACAUUGGGGAUGGGGUGGAAGUAUUGCAUUCGCUUGUCCCGAUAAACAACUAUCGUUGGCAUACGUACCAAAUAAAUUAAAUUAUGAUACAAGCAAGCCCGAUUUACGCAUUCAACGAAUUUUAGAUGAUAUUAAAACUUUAAUAAAUUAA